AUGGUCGGAAUUAGAAAGGUUUCCCGAUCCGCCAAACACGAAGACUUUCGACGUCGAUUAGAGCGCGCUUUAUCACUGUCGCCUUCCGAUUCGGACAGUGCACAAGGUUCCUCUUCAUCGGCAGAUUGUGACACUACCGAGAUCGAAUCUCUUGAGGAGAACAACUUCCCCAGUCUCCAACGUGAGACGGCCCUGGUGGGUAGCAUCCCGCAUGAUGCCACCGAAGACUGGAUACAGAGAGAGAAUAUUGGAGAAAGGCAGAACAUUGGAGGAGAAUCUCCAACCGCGGACAAUCGUGUCAUGAUUGCCUUCCAGUGUAUCUCCGAACUAGACCCCCGAGUGAAGUCGAUCCAGAGCUCGCUGAGCACUCUUGCAGAUAAGACUGGAACCAUUCGCAGUGAUCUAGAUGAUAUUGUUCAACGAUUGGUAGCCGUGGAGGCAGCCAUAGAGACGAUAGCUUCGGAAAACCAGAGCACUACCGAGGAGAAUGAUUGA